AUGGCUGCCAAAUUGAUCGAUCGGCGAUUCCACAAUGUCCCAGGAAAGCUUCGUGUGGCCGAGCUGUUCUUUGAUGUACCCCUGGACUACAGGGGACCGGGCUUUGGAUGCGGUGCCCCGCAAAAUUACGGCUUUGUUGAGCCAGCCCUCAGCAAAGGGUAUCAGGUUCUCUUCCUGGAUCAGCGUGGCACUGGUCUUAGCUCUACCCUUACUGCGGGGACCCUUGCCCGUCAGGGGGACGCUAUCAAGCAAGCCGAGUAUCUCAAGAAGUUCCGCGCUGACAACAUUGUCCGUGACUGUGAGGCGAUCCGCAAGUUUUUGACUCUGGAGUACCCUGAAGAUCAGCGCGCAUGGAGCAUUAUCGGCCAAAGCUUCGGUGGUUUCUGUGCUGCUACCUAUUUGUCCAAAUUCCCCGAGGGCCUGAGAGAGGCUUUCAUCUGCGGUGGAUUGCCCCCUCUUGUUGAUAACCCAGACCUCGUCUAUGCACGAACCUAUGAGAAGGUUCUGGAGAGAAACGAGGCAUACUAUGCUAAAUUCCCAGAGGAUGUCGAGCGUGUCCGGGAAAUUAUGCGGUACCUGGCGGCAAACAAGGUUGCCCUGCCCUCGGGCUGGCUCACUCCAGCUAGAUUCCAGCAGCUUGGAAUUGUCUUUGGCUUCCACGGUGGUCUUGAUUCUCUGCAUGAAAUUGUUCUACGAGUCUGGAACGACCUAGAGAUCUUUGGCUCUCUUACAGGUCCAACUCUUGCUCUCAUCGAUAGCAAUGGCGGCAUGGACAAGAACAUCAUCUACGCCAUCCUGCACGAGGCAAUUUAUUGCCAAGGCAAACCCUCUCUUUGGGCGGCAGAUAGACGACGAGGCGAACACCCUCAAUUCGUGAUUUCCGACUCACAGCCCCAGAUCUACUUCACCGGCGAGAUGGUCUUCAAAGACAUGUUCGAGUCAUACACGGAGCUCCAGCAGAUUCAAGAGGUAGCCGAUAUUCUCGCCAACACCAGUGAUUGGCCAGCCUUGUAUGAUGAGGCCCAACUGGCUAAGAAUGAGGUCCCUGUCUACGCUGCUACUUACAUCGACGAUAUGUACGUCCACUUUGACCUGGCUUCUAGCACUGCCGCCAAGAUCAAGGGUACGAAGCAGUUUAUCACCAACACCAUGUAUCACGAUGCUUUGCGCAGCAAGUCGAGCGAAGUGAUGCGCCAACUCCUCAACCUUCGGGAUGAUUCGAUUGAUUGA